AUGGUCCCACCGCGUUUCCUCCAUCGGUCCCUGCGCUCAAGUUGCAAGCACGUUGGGGGGUCACAGUAUGUUGGUGUUCCGUUUUUCGACAUGACACCAGCCCGCCGAGGAUUUAUGUUGGAGGAUAUCGCCCGACAGUGCGAUGAGUUCAGUGAUAUGUUCCAUACGCGGGACGCGAAGAACGGUGUGACAAGCUUUGGGAAGCGGCGAGGCGGGCGCAAUGCGGUCUACGAUUGGCGGCGCAAGAUGAAUGCGAGCGACCGCCGGAUUGAGUUUAAGAGCUCUUGCUUCUUGUGGGACGAACGCUGCCAGCGGUGGUUCUCGAGUUCCCAAAAUGUGAAGACUCAGAAGUUCGACGACUUAGUUUUGGGCGUGUACGCACCCUGGGGGCUGGAAUUAUGGGAGUACAAGGCGAGCGCCUUCGUUGGUCUUUCAGCCUGGUCGCAGAUACGAGGAGGGGAAAUUUGA